UCUUCCCCAGUUCUGUCACUUUGCCAGUCACUGUCCUCUUUUCUAGGGACUGCCACAGACAGCCAUCAUCACAUCUCAUCUCAUCAUCACUGGCUUUGCUCUUCUUUACAGCGUCCUUCUCCUCUACAUUCUUCCCCUCCAUUCUUCCACAAUCCACAGGCUGACUGACCAGAGCGCCGGCUCUAAAUCUUUACGCUAACUCAGGGCAAAGGGGCCCCGACUUGUGCCUGUACCCCUCGUCUGGUGACAUCUCUGGUGGAGCACAGCUCAAGAUGCCUGAGCCCACAAAGAAAGAUGAUGGUCAACCUGAAGAGAAUGUUGCACCAGGCACUGGGGAGGCCCUGCCCCCAGCCGAGAUUUCUCUUGAGGUGUCUCCACCAGAGGCUGCAGCGGAGGUCAAAGACCCAGAGCCCAUAGUGACUGUACCAGAACAAGAACCAGUAGCACCUGAGGUCCUAGAGCCACAGCCAAUAAUAACUGAGAUUAUCGAGCCACAACCAGUAGUGGCAGAGGUCACAGAGUCGCAGCCAAUAGUGACAGAGCCUGUAGAGCAUGGACAGGCAGAGCCAGAACCCACACAAGAUGUUGUGAUGGUACAAGUGUGUGAAUUUAAGGAGGAAACUACCAUUCUGUCUCCAGCCCCACCUAUGAAUGAUGCGGUGAAGGCUGCUGGUACAAUCCCGAUAGUCAUGGUGGUUCCCCCUCCUACCCCCAUCCUCAAAGAUAAAGAUGAUGAUAUCACUGCCAGCACUCCAUCUCCUCCUCCCCCAUCAGAGGAUGGCAGUACAUACAAGAAACUUUCUGUUGAUCUUCCUAAUGAUAGUGUCCCUGAGUCAGCCAUGGGGAGAAAAGACUCAGUGUGGUCUUUGGGGGACGGACAGCCGCCUGAGGACAUUGAUAAGCAGAUAGAAACUCCUCCUCUUUCCACUUUACUGAUUGAAAAGCCUCAGGGUGGUUCCAUCACUGUAGGUGGAGACAUUACCUUCAUUGCAAAGGUUGAGGCCAAGGACCUGCUCCGUAAACCAACUAUCAAAUGGUUCAAGGGGAAAUGGAUGGAUCUGGCCAGCAAGACAGGCAAGCACCUGCAGUUGAAGGAGAGUUUUGAUCGCUUUACCAAGAUUCACACAUUUGAGAUGCAUAUCAUCAAGGCUAAGGAGAAUUAUGCUGGAAACUACAGAUGUGAGGUCACCUAUAAGGAUAAGUUUGACAGCUGCUCUUUUGACCUGGAGGUGAAAGAUAUUCCAGAGGUGUCUCAGAGUAUUGAUAUUCGUUCAGCCUUUAAAAGAAGCAGUGAAGGCCAGGAGGAUGCAGGGGAGCUUGACUUUAGUGGGCUUCUCAAACAUAGAGAACCAAAGCAGGAGGAGGCACCAGAGGUUGAUGUCUGGGAGAUCCUGAAAAAUGCCCGGCCAGAUGAGUAUGAAAAGAUCGCCUUCACCUAUGGCAUCACUGACCUCCGUGGACUGUUAAAGAGGUUGAAGAAGACAAAGAAGGAGGAGAAGAAGAGUGAAGCUUUUGCCAAGAAGCUAGACCCUGCAUAUCAGGUGGACAAAGGUGGGAAGAUACGAUUAAUAGUGGACAUGGCUGACCCAACUGUUGACCUGAAAUGGUACAAGAAUGGUCAGGAAAUUCGUCCCACUCCUAAUAAUAGGAAGUAUAUCUUUGAGCACAAGGGUACACAGCGGAUCCUGGUCAUCAACAACUGUCAAAUAAACGAUGAUGCUGCGUAUUCAGUGACUGCAGGAGAGGAAAAGUCUACUACAGAGCUGUUUGUGAAGGAGUUGCCCAUAAAGAUUGUUAAAGAGCUGGAACCUGUGAAGACUACAGUUAAUGAACGGAUCGAGUUGGAGUGUGAAGUGUCAGAGGAAGGAGCAAAGGUUAAAUGGAUGAAGAAUGGGGUGGAGGUACCAACAGGAGUGCGCUCAAGGUAUCGCGUAAAAUGUGAAGGAACCAAGCACUGGCUGAUUAUAGAUGAUGCUAUAAAAGAAGACACAGCCACAUAUUCCCUCAUGGCUACUGGAGGCACCACUGAGGCCCGCGUCCAAGUUGACUUGAAGCCUCUGAAGAUUCUGCAGGAUCUACAGGAUAUAACAAUAAAAUUGGGCCAGCCAAUGAAGUUGCACUGUGAGAUCUUACCUGUAAAUGUUCCUGGACGCUGGUACAGGAAUGGUCAGCUCAUCCAGCCCAGUGAACGUCUUACCAUUCUGCACAGAGCCAAGACCCACAGGUUGGAGGUUGAGAGCUGCACUCUUCAUGAUGCUGGAGAUUACACAUUUGUGCCUGAAGGUUAUUCACAGAGCCUCAGUGCCAAGGUUCACAUCAUAGAUCCCCCUAGAGUGCAUUUGGAGGCUCUGAAUGCUCCAGACAACACUGUUACCAUAGUGGCUGGAAACAAACUGCGCUUGGAGAUCCCCAUCAGUGGAGAGCCUGCUCCCAGAGUGGUGUGGAUGAAAGGAGAGAGGGUCAUUCUUGACACAGGGAGUCGAGUCCGUGCCGAGACGUUUCCUGACCACACAUGCCUCACCAUUGAUGUAACUGAGAGAGAAGACAGUGGCAACUACAAGAUUGUGCUGCAGAACGAAGCAGGAGAAGACACAGCCAGUGUUAAGGUCAAGGUUGUGGAUAUUCCUGAUGCCCCUGGGGCUCCCUUGGUUCCUGUAGUUGGUGGGGACUGGUGUUCAAUGACAUGGGAUCCUCCCUAUUAUGAUGGUGGAUCUCCAAUCCUAGGAUACUUCAUUGAGAGGAAGAAGAAACAGAGCUCUAGAUGGAUGAGACUAAACUUUGACCUCUGCAAAGAAACCACAUUCGAGCCUAAAAAGAUGAUUGAAGGAGUGCCGUACGAGGUGCGAGUCUUCGCUGUUAAUGCCAUCGGUGUGUCCAAACCCAGUGAACCCUCCAAGGCUUUUGUUCCCCUUGCUGUCACCAGUGAACCCACAAUGCUGAUAGUUGAUGAUGUCACAGACACAACUGUAACAAUGAAGUGGCGUCCCCCAGAAACUAUCGGUGCUGCUGGUUUGGAUGGGUACCAAAUAGAGUACUGCAUUGAAGGAACGGAUGACUGGGUAGUUGCCAAUAAGGAAUUGAUUGAGAAAACCAAGUUCACCAUAACAGACCUGCCUCCUGAAGGCAAGAUCCUAGUGCGAGUGAAGGCUAUUAACGCUGCUGGAGCCAGCCAACCCCGCACCACACAGCACUCCAUCCUGGUCAAAGAGGUUAUUGAGCCUCCUAAGAUUCGCAUACCUCGCCAUCUGAAGCAGACAUACACACGCAUGGUCGGAGAAGUUGUCAACCUUGUUGUGCCGUUUGUGGGCAAACCCAGGCCAAAGGUCACCUGGCUGAAAGACGACCAGCCUGUUGAACCAAAGCAAGUCAGUAUUCGCAACUCAGACUGCGACAGCAUUAUCUUCAUCCGCAAGGCUGAGCGCAAGCACUCUGGGAAAUAUCACAUGACCGUUCAGGUGGAGAAUCAUGUGGAUACAGCUGUUGUGGACAUCCAGAUAGUAGACCUUCCUGGUCCUCCUCAGUGUGUUAGAAUUGAGGAGGUCUGGGGGGAGAACGUAGCUCUAGACUGGACGCCCCCAAAGGACAAUGGCAAUGCCCCCAUAACAGGAUACACUAUCCAGAAGGCAGACAAAAAGACAAUGGAGUGGUACACCUGCGUGGAGCACUACCACCGCACCUGUAUCACUAUUGGUGAGCUGGUUGUAGGCAACGAAUACUUCUUCAGGAUCUUCUCUGAGAACAUGGUGGGCUUAAGUGAGAGUGCCACCACCACUAAAGACAGCGCAGUCAUUGUGAAGGAAGGCAUGUACCUGAAGAACCCAGAGUACAUUGACUACGAUUUCACAGAGGCUCCCAAGUUCACCCAGCCUCUUAUCAACACCUUUGCCAUCGCCGGCUACAACGCCUCCCUUAACUGCAGUGUCCGUGCAAACCCACGGCCAAAAGUGAUUUGGAUGAAGAAUAAGAUUACCAUCCUAGACGACCCACGUUAUCGCAUGUUCAGUAACCAGGGUGUGUGCACUCUGGAAAUCCGGAAGCCGAGCCCAUUUGAUGGAGGUGUGUACACUUGCAAGGCCAUCAACGAACUUGGUGAGGCACAGGUGGACUGCAAACUGGAGGUGAAAGGAGGCUUUACGUUCUUUGAGCUGAUGAAGCGUGGCGUUCCCUUGCAUCUUAUUGAUAAGUACAUGAACGAGACAAAGUCCUCAGAGUCUGAGAAGAAGGGAUCUGACUGAUGGAUGAUUCACCCCAGUAAUUCCCAAGUCCCCACCGACGAUGUGUGCGUCCAGUUUUUGGCAUGGCAUGUAGUGUUCAGACAUGGAUCUGUAGUCAAGUCUGUUCAUGACCAGUUGUAUCUGCUUACCCUGCUUUCAUGAAAGACUGUUUUUUUCAAAGCCCCACUGAAGCUCACAUGCAUGUCUACAUUUGAACUGGGCAGUUAAUUUCAGAAUGUGUAACACGUUGUAGUAUGAAAGUGGUAAAGAUUUAAUUUUCUUCUGGGGUUAGGUUUUCAGCACAGUAGUUUCCACUAAAUAGGAUUUGAUAAAAUUCUGUUCUGUUUUAUUUUUCCCCUGAUCUCUUUUCCUUCCCCUAGUUUAUUGCAGUUUAUUUGAUGAAUUGAUGAAUGAAGAAACUUCUCUAUGCAUUGUAGUAGCAGCAUAACUCUGACCAUCAGUGUGUUAGAGAUUUCAAGUGUAUAGCCUGUGUUUCUAAAUAAACCGGUGCAAAAUAUGAAACUAUUCAUAUAAUGUGUUAAACUAGAUACAUUGUUUCAUUUAGCAUGGUUGAUCUGAAUAAAUGUCACAGUAUAUUAA